AUGGACCAGCUCCAAGGCCACAACCAGCAGAAGAUGCGCCAGGCGCCCGCCGCUCCCAGGCGGUACGACGGGCAAUCUGGCAACCCACUCUACGAUCCUGCAAACGGUGGUCAUUAUGGCGCCUCCGCUGCUAUCGCCGCCCAAGGCCAUGCGCCCGACCCACAGCUGUUCACUCAGUCAUGGCAGAACGUCAACCAGGGGUUGACGGGUAACUACCGCGAUAUCCUCAACACGUACUGGCAACAACAAGUCACGAAGCUCGAGACCGACGAGCAUGACUACAAGCUGCACCAGCUCCCGUUGGCGCGCAUCAAGAAGGUCAUGAAGGCCGACCCAGAAGUGAAGAUGAUCUCAGCCGAGGCACCGAUAUUGUUUGCAAAGGGCUGCGAUAUCUUCAUCACCGAGCUCACUAUGCGCGCCUGGAUACAUGCCGAGGAGAACAAACGCCGCACACUCCAGCGAUCUGACAUUGCAUCAGCCCUGUCUAAAUCCGACAUGUUCGACUUCUUGAUCGACAUAGUCCCACGAGAAGAGGCGCAUCCUCACAAGAGAGGUAGCACGCAAGGCACCACAGCCGUUCAGUCGUCAGCUGUACAGGUACCUCCAGGUGGAAUGUCGCAGCAAGUCCACCCGCAACACCAGAUGCCUCCCCCGGACUAUGGCAUGGGACAGCACAUGCAACAGCAAGAAGACUUCCGUCAGCCGAACAUGUACGCAGGUGCAGUUCAAGCUGAUCCAAGCGCAUACGGACAGCAGCACAUGUUUGACCAGGGAGUAUACGGGGGGUAUCCCAUGCAGCAGCAGAUGUAUCCCGUCGGUCAACGUGGGCCCGACCCUGCUGGAGCAGGAGAUCAUCAAGGCUACCGUGCCGACGCGGAAGCCGAUGCUGAUGCUGAGGGCGAGAGAGAAGACUUUGGACCUUGA